AUGGUUUCAUACUCCCAACAGCCGGAUGACCAAGAGUCACUGGCAUUCAAGCUCCUGGUUGAGCUUUUGUCAUACCAUUUGGCAUCUCCCGUACAAUGGAUCGAGACCCAAAAUCAGCUAUUGAACCGCGAUCCACCUAUCCAUCGCAUUGUGGAAGUCGGCCCUCGCACAACCUUAGCCACCAUGGCGAAAAAGACUGCUGAACAACGACAUGCCACACUUAACCCGUUGCAAAAAUCAAAAUACUCAUUCCUUUCAGUUUCUGAUAAUUCUGAAGACAUUUAUUACGAGUACGAACAACAGGAGGCUCCUGAUAAGGCUACAGAACCUUCCAUCAAGAAGGAGAAUGUAGUUGCCAAACUGGAGAAGCCUCCAGCACCGCGUCAAGCUAGCCAAGAAAGCAUUUCCCUUUCUGAUAAUAUACGUCGAGACCCUAGUCGCCAAUUGGAUCUCUCUGCGAAUCACAUUCUUCUUAGCAUAGUUGCGGGAAGGCUUAAGAAGGCGUUUGACCAAGUUUCAACAGAUUGCGCCAUUCAGGACUGCUGUGGAGGCAGGUCAACGCUGCAGAACGAGAUAGUCGGUAUGUUAGUGGCAGAGUUUGGGAGGCUGCCUGAUGGAGCGGAGUAUAUGCCACUAAAAGGCUUGGGUGAUGCUUUGCAAGCCGGAUUUGCCGGUCAACCUGGCAAGCAAAUGUCUGCGCUUCUCUCUAAAUUCAUAAAUAGUGCAAUGCCCGCUGGGUUUAACAAGAACGCAAUUCAUGAUUAUCUGGAAUCUUCUUGGGGCCUGAGUCAGAGCCAUUCUAUUAUCCCCAUGUGUCUGGCAACAACAAUGCAGCCUACAGCUCGACUCUCGUCUCGAAAGGAUGCGGAAGAAUAUUUUGAUACCAUCAUCUCACGCUAUGCCUUAUAUGCCGGAAUCUCAUUUACCACCUCGCAAGUAACUGACAGGCGUGAGCCGUCGACUAACCACAACACGAAUGUCAAGGCAUCACAGGACCAUUUGUUGAACCCAAAGCAGUUGAGCCAGUUAGCGGCGUUUGCCACUUACAACCCGACCCAUGACCAUGGCCGACUAGAGGAACUCACAGUAUCCGCCGGGGAGAUGACAGAGCGGCUUGCUGAGCUGCAGGCGGAGCUUGGUGAGCAGUUUCUCGAUGGGAUCAAGCCAGCGUUCGAUUUGCGCAAGGCCCGCCACUAUGAUUCCUGGUGGAAUUGGGUAAGGGUGGAUUUAAUCGAACGGCUCGGACGAGUUGAGAGUUCUACUGUAGAGUCCUUGCCGCACGAAGAUGACGAUUUCCGCCAUAUAUUGAACCGGUGGGAGCCUAGCUGCACCGAUAUAUUGAAGAGUUGUUUAUCCAACCCUCGUAUAUCUUCAACGCACCUGGCGCUUUGCCGCCAGGUAUUGCAACUCUCUGAGAAGGCAGAGCUUGCUGAUCCAGUCUUCAUAUAUAAAAAGCUAGCUCUCGCUCCCAAGACAGUUAUCACCCCAGACGGUGCGGUGCACACGGUAGAAAUACCACGCGAGACCUCCAAUUAUCCAGAGCUUUCUCGCAAGAUGCGGCCAUCCUCCUCUGGUACAUGCAUGCCAUUCGUUAACGUUCAAACGCGCACAGAACUAUCCGACUUUACAUACGAUGUUGAGGCAACUAGGAUUCUGGCUGAAACGAUGAACGAUGGUGCAAUAAGGGGAUUUACAUACGCUGGGAAGUCUGCUCUGGUGACCGGAGCUGGAACGGGUUCCAUCGGCGCCGAAGUUGUGAAGGGAUUACUUAGUGGCGGUGCUCAUGUCGUUGUCACCACUAGUCGGCCAAUCUCCACCAGUGGACAGGCCUUCCAGGACAUGUACAAGGCAUACGCUGGACGGGGCGCAAAACUCAGUGUCGUACCGAUGAACCAGGGAAGCCAGCAAGACUGCGAGGCCCUUGUUGAAUAUAUCUAUGGGCCAGAGUCUCCCACGGGCGGAGAUCUUGAUUUCGUUCUUCCUUUCGCUGCCCUCAACCAGGUUGGUGAAAUACACAUGCUAGAUGACCGUGCCGAGCUGGCCCUUCGCACAAUGCUCGUGAACCUCCUUCGCAUCCUGGGCUGCAUACGAAGGGAAAAGGAGCAGCGGAAAAUACUCAACAAGCCUACCCUGGCGAUCCUUCCUAUGACAUGUAACGAGGGCACUAUUGGUGCUGAUGGGCUAUAUCCGGAGUCGAAAAUUGCGUUACGUUCUCUGUUCAACCGCUUUUACUCGGAAAGCUGGGCCGACUAUUUGAACGUAUGCGGUGCGGCUAUUGGAUGGACCCGGGGUACAGGCAUUAUGCAGCCUCUGAACAACAUCUCCGAAGAAAUCGAGAAGCUUGGAGUCAUCACCUUCACACCUGCAGAAACCGCAUUCAACAUUCUCUCCUUGAUGACACCAGAUAUGAUCGCUAUGUCGGAAGAACGGCCGCUACUCGUAGAUAUGGCAGCUGGUUUGCGUGAGAUGUGGCAUGUAAAGGAACAUAUCUCCAAUGCCUUCCGCACCGUCGAGAAAAAGCAAAAACUGCAGAGAGCAUUGCAGGCAGAGAAAAUACGCCAUGAAGAGAUUCUGUGCGGCCAGGCCGAACACGCUUCACCCGCAACAGCCCACUCCCUCCGACGAGCCCACAUACAGUUGCCUUUCCCAGAUCUUCCUCACUAUGACGCGGUAACUGCCAACUUGCCGGAACUGGAGGGCAUGGUAGAUCUUUCCAGCACCGUGGUCGUGGUUGGUUACUCCGAGCUAGGUCCUUGGGGGAACUCCCAUACACGCUGGGAGAUAGAACACCAAGGGAAGUUCUCUUUAGAAGGCUACGUGCAAAUUGCCUGGACUAUGGGCUUAAUCAAGCACUUUUCGGGUGAGAUCAAAGGGCAGGCCUAUGCGGGCUGGGUCGACGGACGCACCAACGAACCGGUUCAUGAAGAAGAGAUACCCCAGAAGUACAAUGAUUACAUCAUGAGCCAUGUUGGCCUACGAAUGGUCGAGCCAGAAGGAGCUUUCGGAUAUGACCCAGCGAGGAAGGAAACACUACAUGAAGUUGUAGUGGAAGGAGACCUGCCGCCAUUCGAAUGCUCAAAGGCUGCUGCAGAGUCAUUCAAGCGCCGUCACGGCGACAACGUCUCCAUCUAUCCUCUGUCAGAGGAAGAGUAUCGGGUCAUAGUAAAAAGUGGAACCACCUUCCUCAUACCCAAAGCAACUGCUUUUGACACAGUGGUGGCUGGUCAGGUUCCAAAGGGCUGGGACCCUCUGCGAUACGGUAUACCUGAAGAUAUUGCACAGCAAGUCGACCGCCUCACACUUUAUAUGCUGUGCUGUAUGUCAGAAGCGUUACUGUCAGCUGGUAUCACAGAUCCAUAUGAGCUAUACAAAUACAUUCACGUUUCUGAGCUCAUCAGCUGCCUUGGAUCCGGAGGUGGACCACUUAUCUCUACUCAACGCAUGUUCCGAGACCGUUAUAUCGAAAAGCCUGUACAGAAUGACGUUCUAGCAGAGACCUUCUAUAACACGAUCGGCGCCUGGAUAAAUAUGUUGCUGUUCUCCUCAACUGGCCCACUGCGAACUCCUGUAGGAGCGUGUGCAACGGCGCUGGAGUCCCUGGACAGUGCAUGCGAAGCAAUACAGUCUGGAAAGUAUAAAGUUGCCUUGGUUGGUGCGUCUGACGAUUUUACGGAGGAGCCCUCGUUUGAGUUUGCACAUAUGAAGGCGACUGUGAAUAGCAAGGAAGAUCUGGACGCUGGCCGACUGCCGAGCGAGAUGUCACGCCCUACUUCCACCUCUCGGAAAGGGUUCGUUGAGUCCGCCGGUAGUGGGGUUCAAAUCCUUAUGUCUGCACAACUUGCGAUGGAUAUGGGGCUGCCUAUCUACGGUAUUGUCGCCCACACCCAGUUAGCCGGUGACCAGAUAGGACGUUCAGUUCCUGCCCCAGGGAAAGGCCUCCUAAGCGCUGCGAGGGAAGCCAUGGAUUCUGAGAGUUCGAGGUUUGUUAACCUGAGCUAUCGCCGUACGAUGUUUCAACAGGAGAUGACGGAGAUCGAAAACUGGCAUCGUACACAGGUUCUAGCUGGCAGGUCAUCCUGUCACCUGGACGCUGUCCGCGCCUCCAGGGUGCAAGGAGCACAGCACCGAUGGGCCAACAAACUCUGGCUUCAAGAUCGUUCAAUUUCUCCCAUCAAAGCAGCACUCGCUACGUGGGGUCUGACUGUCGAUGACAUUAGGGUGGCCUCGCUGCACGGAACGUCAACCAAGGCUAAUGAUCUUAAUGAAAGUGAUGUGAUCGAUACCCAGAUGACCCAUUUGGGCCGGACAUCGGGGAAGCCCUUACUGGCGGUCUGCCAGAAGAACCUAACGGGACAUCCCAAAGGGCCAGCAGGAGCAUGGCAACUUAAUGGAUGUUUCCAAAUGCUCCAGACUGGUAUUGUUCCAGGUAACCGAAAUGCAGAUAACGUCGAUGAGCAGCUCCGGAAGUUUCACCACCUUGUCUAUCCCUCGCGGACUAUUCAUCUGGACGAAAUUAGAGCGACAAUGGUGACCUCGUUCGGGUUCGGCCAAAAGGGUGCGAUUGCCUUGGUUGUGUCUCCAAAGUACGUCUUUGCCGCGGUCUCACCAGCGGCGUACGACAACUACCGAUCUCGUGCUACACGGCGUCAACAGUCAGCCAAUCCAGCAUUUGUGUCUGCACUCAUCAAUAACUCUGUAGUCAAGGUAAAGGCGGACUCACCAUGGAAGAAUCAAGAGGAUCUUCGCCGGAUGCUCCUAGACCCAUAUUGUCGCCUUUCGGAAGAUGGAUCACUUAUUGCAAAGAAGCCCACUGUUGAGAGUGCCCAACAGGAACUACAUCAUCUAAAGAGCGAGGAAUCGUCCGCAACCUGGGGCAUGCAACGGAGCUCAAACUCUCUUUCCGGAUCCGUCCAAGAAAUGCUUGAUUCCAUAUCCGCAUCUUCACACGGUACAUCUCCCGUCAGUGUGGGUAUCGAUAUAGAGGACAUCGCUGGUGUCAAUAUUGACGAUCCCGUAUUUUUGGAGCGGAAUUACACCGCCCUUGAGAGAGAGCUCUGCUCCAGUUCGCCGAAUCCUCGCGCUUCAUACGCUGGGCGUUGGAGUGCGAAGGAAGCUGUCUUCAAGAGCUUACAUAUUCAAUCGCGUGGCCCUGGAGCUGCGAUGAAAUCCAUCGAGAUCAUCAGCGACUCGGGAAUUCCAAAGGUCAAGCUUCAUGGCCCUGCUCUAGAAGCAGCGACCCAGAAAGGUAUUAAUCGGGUGGAGGUCAGCAUCAGCCAUGCUGCUGAAACGGUCGUUGCGAUUGCUUUGGCACAGACCAUUUGAGUGAUGAAAGAGGCCCGAUGAGGUGACUGAUAUUUACCCUCCAUGCUAAUCAAGCCGUGUGGACCGCUCGACCGUGAAGGGUUACGUUAUGCGGCCCAUGUAGAUUAUUUUAUCCUACCAAUGUCUUCUCUGAAGAAAGGAAUUGUUACGGGACGAAUAAGUUGUUCCAACCUAAGCGUGACUAUUGAACAAGAAGUAGCUAAUUGACAAGAAUAACACGUCAUACGAAAUAUUUGUGUGGUAAAGCUUUGGCAGCGAUGCCUUAGGCAGAGUCUCCCAUGAUAUAGGGCUGCCUGUAAGUCAGUCCCAUAACACCACUAUAUUGACACUUCCUAAUAUAGUUAUCUAAGUAAGAAAUACAGGUAAAAAUACCAAGUAGAAAUUCGCGGACGGAGCUAUAGCCA